AGCGUACCCAGGUUUGUAGUGAGAGUUAUGUUCCGGGUCGGUGAAAGUCACACAGUGUUAGUGAGACGCACUGGCACAGUGACAGCACUCUCUCCGGCUUCAUGGAACCUCGUUGCUGUUUUUAUAUACCGUUUUGUUGUUGUGAAGAGUCAACAUCCCAGCCCGAACUGGUUUCUAUCACGUACCAUCCUAGGCCUAAAGCAGAGCAUGUUAUCUUACGGGCGAUCUACGACUUCAAUGGAGUUGAAGAUGGCGACCUGUCAUUCAGUCAAGGAGACCUCCUCAAGAAAGAAGACCCUGGUGACAGAUCCGAGUGGGUUGUUUGCAUCAACAUGAGCAACGGGAAUGAAGGAUACGUUCCGACCGAGUACGUCCAACCUACUGAUAUGUCUCCCAAUGAUGACGAUUUCAGUUGGUGGUUUCACUGUGGCAGGGGCGAGGCUGAGGCAUUACUGAUGAGAUACAAGGUGCCCAAUGGAAGUUUCCUCGUCAGGAGGUCAAUCAGCCAGAGCCACAACGUCUUGUCAGUUAAGUAUCUGAAAGAGGCUGGAAAGACCCAGUCUGUAUUUCAUUACAAGAUACGUCAGGCGGAUAACGGAGAGGUAUAUGUAUCAGCUAGGAAGGUGUUCCCUGAUCUCAGCACGUUUUUGGCACAUUAUAAAGAACAUCAAGAUGGCAUGAAGUGUCUUUUGACCGUUCCUUGUCCGAGGAUGCCGCCUAUUAGACAUCUUCGUAAUAUGAAGGUAAACAGAGGGACCAUCCAGUUGAGUGACGCCCUGGCAAAGGAUGUCUGGCGAGGAACGCUGUACGGUAAACUGGAUGUUGCGGCGAAGGAGAUGACAUCUGGGGACAUUAUUAACACUGAGUAUUUGAUAAUGGAAUCACUCCGUCACGUCCGCCUGGUCCAGCCUCUGGCUGUGUGUACAGACUGUGAGCCUGUGCUUCUCAUCAUGGAGUACAUGAAUAACGGAUCUCUACAUGACUUCCUCAGGAAAACAGACUGUCCUCACUUGGAGUUCAACAUGGUGAAAAGCAUGUGUCAGCAGAUUGCAGAAGGAAUGGCGUUCCUGGAAUUCAGAUCCUUCAUCCAUGGAAACCUGCAGUCAUCUAACAUAUUAAUGGGAGAACACCACACUGUCAAGAUCACAAAUGCGUGGCAAGGAACGUAUGACAGCCAGGAGUGGGUGGAUGGAGAUGACUGGUCUCUCAAUAAAUGGAUGGCGCCCGAGGUUGCUUUAUACAAGAGGCGAAGUGUCAAGUCGGACGUGUGGUCAUUUGGUGUCCUGAUGUACGAAAUAGCCUCAUCAGGGAUCAUACCCUACAGUCCAAUUGGGGAUCUGCACAAGGUAUUUCGUGAGAUUGAACAGGGGUAUCGCCUGCCUAAACCCCAAACACACUGGCUUCCGGAGCAGCUCGAUCCAUACUACAACAUCAUACAACAGUGCUGGAACACCAGUCCGUCGGACAGGCCCUCAUUCGUCCAUCUACAAAAGCAACUGGAGCACUUGUAAAAACAAUCUGGCGUGUUCUUGUGAUACUUUUUAAAAUGAUGACAUUAUUGAAGCAAGAUCUUUGACACUCUUCCUUGCAAAAGAUAUGCUUUGUUUGUUUUUGUUGUUUAACGCCACAGUCAGGUAUAGUCUAGCUAUAUGAGACCGAUCAGACAAUCCAGUGAUUGGCGUCAUGACGUCUACUCAGUUGCGAUACGAUAACAUGCACAACCACGUCAGUUAACCUGACCCGCCGACCCCUUUAGUCACGUCAUAUAGCAAGUAUACCGGAACUAUAAGUAUGUCUUUCAGGUUGUUCUAAUACUGACUGCCUUGUGGUAAUACAUUACUUUUUCCUUUCUGGGAACAAAAUAAUCCAUAAUUUGAAAUAACGUUUGAUUUCACAGGUCCAAUAUCAUAUUGCUGCGUGUUGAAUAAAUGUUACAUUUUAAUCUCAAUGCGCAUAUUGACCCAUCAUUGAUGUAUAAUUUACAAAUGACAAAUUAAUCGAGGAUGUUCGUUUUGAUGAGAUAUCAGAAACGUUCGUAUACAAAAUAUACCGUACACGAAAUGUAAAUUGGUUUGUUAUUAUAGUGACAGUGAUCUUACCUGUAGAUUGAAAUUUAGCUUGCCAUCAGUAGAGUGUUAUGAAGUGACUAUAUAACCGCAGUGCAUGCAAAUGUCUAGUUAUACGUUUAGUGCAGACCCGGGAAGAUCCGGGUUAGAGUUGGUCUCAUGCUUGUAGUCAGAUGUGACUUAAGGGAUCGGGUGAAUGCAUGUAUCAGUAUUCUAGUUACGUCGAUCUAUGAAGGUUCUCGUCCAGAUUCGACUAUUUACAUGUCUGACAGUGGCUAAGAGUGAAACAUUUAAGAAAUGGAUAUUCGCUGAAGACAUAUCUGAUUCGAUGACCAUGGACUAUAUUGCUCGUGCUCGUGAGCUUUACC